GGGGAGCCGUCCAGGAAAUCCUAGUUUAGCUUUCGUUUUGUGUAAGUGUGUCUUCCUCAAAGUUGGCUGAGUCCUGCCCUGCUGUGCUUUCCUGUCGCGUCUCUGACAUGGAGGAAAUGCUGUCCUUCUGGGAUGUGGCCAUUGAUUUCUCUCCAGAAGAGUGGGAAUGCCUGGACCGUGCUCAGUGGAGUCUGUACAGGGACGUGAUGCUGGAGACUUACAGCAACCUUGUGUUCCUGGGUCUUAUUGUCUCUAAGCCAUACCUGGUGACAUUUCUGGAGCAAAAACAAGGCCCUACAGGUGUGAGGAGACGAGAGGCAGCCACUAUGCAUUCAGGAACAACACCCAAUGAUUGUAACGAUUAUACCAAGGUCUUUGAUGGUAACUCACUAGGUAUUCAAAGACAGAGAACCCAUCCAGGGGAGAAACCCUACAAGUGUGAAGAGUGUGGUAAGGUCUUUAGUUCUCGAUCAACCCUUUCUACACACCAGAGACUUCACACUGGAGAAAAACCCUACAAGUGUGAAGAGUGUCACAAGGCUUUUACUACUCGUUCAACGCUUUCUGUCCAUCAAAAAAACCAUACUGGAGAAAAACCCUUCAGGUGUGAAGAAUGUGGCAGAUCGUUUUACUACCCUUCAAUGCUGAAGCAACAUCAAAGAAUUCAUUCUGGAGAGAGACCCUACAAGUGUGAAGAAUGCGGCAGAGCUUUUUAUGACCCUUCCUUCCUUAAGAAACAUCAAAGAAUUCACAGUGGAGAGAAACCUUACAUGUGUGAAGAAUGUGGCAAACUUUUCUCCUAUUCCUCAGACCUUAAAAUACAUAGAAGAAUUCACUCUGAAAACAAUCCCUUUAAGUGUGGGGAGUGCGGCAGAGCGUUUUCUAAGCUCUCCACCCUUACAAAGCACAGGUCUGUUCAUUCUAGAGAGAAACCACACAAGUGUGAAGAAUGCGGGAAAGCCUUUUCUACUAAUUCUUCCCUGACUCAGCACAAAAUAGUUCAAGGUGGAGAGAACCGACACAAAUGUGAAGAGUGUGGCAAAAAGUUUGCCUUUCCUUCAAAACUGAAGAGACAUGAAAGAAUCCAUACUGGAGAGAGAUCCUAUAUAUGUGGACUAUGUGGCAAGAUCUUUUACACUCAUGCAGAAUUUUCUGCACACAGGAGAUCUCACACAACAGAGAAACCACAUAAAUGUAAAGAAUGUGGAAAAACCUUUUGUUUGCCCUCAUAUCUUCCUCUGCACAAACUGCGUCACACUGGGGAGAAAUCUUACAAGUGCGAAGAAUGUGGGAAAAUGUUUUACUCUACUUUAGACCUUAAGAAGCACCAAAUAAUUCACACUGGAGAUAAGCCAUACACAUGUCACGAAUGUCAUAAAGCCUUUCGUAACCAAUCAGCCCUUAAUAGACACAAGGCAGUUCACACAGGAGAGAAACGCUACCAGUGCCAAGAGUGUGGCAAAGUCUUUUCCUAUUCUUCAGACCUUAAAAGACAUCAAAAUCUUCACUCUGAAGACAAUCCGCACAAGUGUGGGCAAUGUGGCAAAGCCUUUGUCAGUCUUUACAGCCUUACCCGACACAAGGCAGUCCAUGCUGGAGAGAAAUCCUAUGAUGCUCUGAAACAGUUUACAGUCCCUUAGCCCUUAGAAAACAUCCAAUGAUUCAUUCUGAAUACAAACUCUGUGAGUGUGUGCAGUGUGACAAAUCUUUGCCAACAAUUCAGAUCUUCUCCAACUCAUAUGAGUCUGUUCU